ACUAAAUUGUUUGACUUACUGAGAAAAAUAAGUGGGAAUGUCUUUCUCCCCCUGUAAUUGUAGGAUUGUGAGCUCCCCCCCUGCCACUUUGUGGCUGUUUGUUCUCAGUUGGAAAAAUUAAGCAGCCAUGUCUAAGGGAGAAGUCACCUGCAUAAAAUUAGGGGUACAAUGGAAACAUUCAAUAUUAGCUCUCAACUUGGUCCAGCCUCUGAAACAUUUUAUGAAUCAUCUCACGGCAUUUGUACAUUCUGUUUUAUCCAUUCUGAAUACAUCAUUUGACCGUUUCUCUUUUCCAAGGCUUUUAAUUUUUAGCUGGUCCAGGGGCGAACUUGAAUAUCGCUGCUACGAAGUGCUGAAUGGCACCCAGACAUUUGUGAGGAACGCAGAGAAGCAACUGCUUCCAGAUACAUUGUUUGGGUCAAGUGGCUGAAAUUGGACUCUGCUCUUUCGUGAGACUAUAAAGGACAGAAAACAUUGCAACAACAGCGGGAAUAAAAUUGUCGGGUUUUCUCUAGAUGAAGCUUUCUCUUUAUAGGAGAGGGGUAAAGUAUACAAACUUCCAGAAAGUUAGAAGAUGGAGUUAAAGAGGACGUUUCUUACAGAAUUGUGGCCUUGAACCUAUUUGCUGGAUGUCAGGAUGGCAGCAUCGAACCUGGAGAACCAGUUGCACAGUGCCCAGAAGAACCUGCUUUUUCUCCAGCGGCAGCAUGCGGACACCCUCAAGGGUUUGCACGCCGAGAUCCGCCGUCUGCAGCAGCACUGUACAGAUCUGACGUACGAGUUGACUCUCAAAAGUUCAGACUUUGCAGAAAAUGGGACUUCAAGGAGUGAAGAGCUCAAAAGAAAAUGUGAAGAACUGGAGGCCCAGCUUAAAGCGAAAGAGAUGGAAAACAAUGAAUUAUUAAAAGAGUUGGAGCAAAAGAACGCCAUGAUCAUGGUGCUUGAGAACACCAUCAAGGAGCGGGAGAAGAAGUAUUUGGAAGAGUUAAAAAUGAAAAGCCAUAAAUUGAACAUGCUGUCAAGUGAACUGGAGCAGCGGGCCAGCACUAUUGCCUACCUAACCUCCCAGCUGCAUGCAACUAAGAAAAAACUCAUGAGUUCUAGUGGGACUUCAGACAGUUCUCCAUCCGGCAGCCCCGUGCUCUCGGGCUACAAACCUGCUCCUCCCAAAGAGAAGCUCCCAGAAACUCCGCGGCGCAGGAUGAAGAAGAGUCUUUCCACUCCACUCAACCCCGAAUUCGAGGAGGCCUACCGAUUAGGGUCAGAUAGCCGUAAGUUGCUGUUGCGGGAGCCCGUCGAUGCCAUGCCUGACCCCACGCCUUUUUUACUGGCUCGGGAAACCGCCGAGAUCCACCUUCUGAAAGAGAGGCCUUUAGUCAUCCCACCCAUUCCAUCCGAACGCCCUUCGGCAGAGCCCCACAGCCCGGCCCGGGAGAGGCAGCACAAGACCCAUGUCGGGGUGGCGCACCGCAUCCAUCAUGUCACUCCUCCCCAGGCCCAGCCCGAGGUGGAGACGCUGGCCGUGGACCAGGUGAACGGAAGCAAAGUGGUUCGAAAGCAUUCAGGGACAGAUAGAACUGUUUAAACGAGGCGCUUGGAGGGGACUCUCGACACUGUGAUCACCAGAGGCUUAACUGCACCUGCAGCAGUCACACUCCUCCCACCUUCCGAGUGCCCCCUUGCAUGCCAAAUUCUUUCCAGAACUAGAGUAACCUCCUCCUCCCACAGAAAACACCCCCCCAUGUUCCUAUUGCAGAGUAUCUACCUAAUGAAACGCUGUAGCCAAACUCAGGUGUCUGCCUGAAUGCUUGCUUCCAAUGCUCCUUCGUUUAUUCGGGGCGCGCUUAUGGGUCAAUGCCCAGGCCACCGUCGGUUGUGAAUCCACAGUAAUAAUGAAAUCAGCCGCCUCACGAUAGCCCUGCCGCGCUGUGUAUUGGCUCUUAACAGUAAAGCCUUCCCUGUCUCUCUCUCACUUCGCACAGUCGUGAUAAAUUCUUAUUUGGGGGCGGGGCAGCUUGGACCACCACAUAGGUGCCGGGGUGUGAAGGAGACCAGCCGAAGGAGCCCCCCCCCUUUCCAGCACAUGGUCCUGAUCACAGUGUUCCUCUUUUCUGUUAACGUUUUUAUCUAGCGCUAACUAAAAUCCCAACAAACUCUA